UUAAAACGAGCCAGCGAGUCUGCUCUCCGGGAGUAGUUUGUGUGGAAGCAGCGCAGAAAAGGUGGAGACGGUCGGAGGAAAGAGCUGCACAGUUGUGUCUUUCUCCAUAACUUCAUGAGGAAUUGUCGCCCGGGGUUCUGCAUGGCUAAAAGGACACUGAGCUGGAUGUUCCUUACUUUAUGAUCAGCUCCCACUCGCUGCUCUGCUGGGACCUUUUUUUUUUUACACUUGUGGACUUAAUGCGCUUUGGUUUUAAUCAGAGACUGAGAGAAGAGACUUGGAAGUGAGGCACAAUCUAAUCUGCACUGGUUUGCGUUGUCGCCAUGUCCAUGCUCCCGACGUUUGGUUUCACGCAGGAGCAAGUUGCGUGCGUCUGCGAAGUCCUCCAGCAAGGGGGGAACAUCGAGCGGCUGGGGCGCUUCCUCUGGUCCCUACCGGCCUGCGAGCACCUCCAUAAGAACGAGAGCGUCCUCAAGGCGAAAGCCGUGGUCGCCUUCCAUCGGGGCAACUUCCGAGAGCUCUACAAGAUCCUGGAGAGCCACCAGUUCUCUCCGCACAACCACCCAAAGCUGCAGCAGCUGUGGCUCAAGGCGCACUACAUCGAGGCGGAGAAGCUGCGGGGCCGCCCGCUGGGGGCCGUGGGGAAGUAUCGAGUCCGGAGAAAGUUCCCCCUGCCCCGCUCCAUCUGGGACGGAGAGGAGACCAGCUACUGCUUCAAAGAGAAAAGCCGGAGCGUCUUGAGAGAGUGGUACACCCACAACCCGUAUCCGUCCCCACGGGAAAAGAGGGAGCUGGCCGAGGCCACGGGACUCACCACCACACAGGUCAGCAACUGGUUCAAGAACCGGCGGCAAAGAGACAGAGCAGCGGAGGCGAAGGAGAGGGAAAACAGCGAGAACUCCAACAGCAACAGUCACAACCCACUAACUUCUUCAAUGAACGGAAACAAAACUCUUUUGGGGAGCUCCGACGAUGACAAAACUCCUUCCGGGACACCGGAUCACACGUCACCGAGCCCGGCUUUGCUUCUGGGCCCGAACCCCGGCUUACCGUCCCUGCACGGCCUUGCGCCCCCGCCGGGACCCAGCGCGAUCCCGGUGCCUGGUGGCGCAGACUCUGUGCACCAUCACCACUCUGUGCACCAUGACACUAUACUGAACUCUAUGUCUUCUAACCUUGUGGACCUUGGCUCCUAGAAAAAAAAAAAAAAAAAAAAAAAGGACACAAGAAGGGAGACAAAAAAACUUUUUUCCCCUGGGGAAUUGGUGGUAAGAGCGAAGCUUCAAGCACUUGCGGUAAGAAAGACUGGAAUUCUGCUAAAGAAAAAAUAAAAAUAAAAUAAACACAGCCACCGUAACAAAUCUUCUGUAUGCCAUUGACAUUAAAAAAAAACUUUUCCAGACACCUCUUCUUAUCUCAAAAUCUUCUUGAUUGAGGGAUUUUUUUUGCUUGUAGGCCAAAAAGCACUUAACUUACAGAAACUAAUCAAGCAGGCAUCAGGUUCUCACCAAUGGCUUGAGCGCCCUUGAGGAAAGAGCUGAUAGAUUUGGGGGAAAAACUAACAAGGGAUGUAUUUCUGAAUGUAACUGCAUACUAUCUUAUAUUGUUGAAAACAAUAAGAAUAAAGUGUCUUAAUUCUG